AUGUCCGACAAAGCUUCCGCGGUGCCGGACCCGACGCCGACAAGGAUCAGGCGGAAUACAGCCUGCACGAGCUGCCGCGAUUCCAAGGUCAAAUGCAACGCGAGCUCGGUUCCUGAUCAGUCAUGUUACCGCUGUUGCAAGCUUGGGAUCCAGUGCGUGGUGGACAGGUCACACAAGCGCACGACGCGACGAAGCAAACUAGAGGAGCUCGAGAAGGAGGUGCUCACCAUAAAAAAUGCCGUGCAGAAUGCCCCGGGGCUCACGCCGAGUCCGACUCCGCACGGCCGACUGUCAGGGCCGGCGUCGGGGCCGUCUCCAAACCUCAGCCCCACAACCUAUUCAUCCCUCCCUGAGCGGCCAAGAGCACCACUGCCGGCUUUGCCAUCUCCCCAGAACCCCGAACGUGAGGCCCGACUCGCGCCAGCAACAGGAGCCUAUUUGACCCCAACAUCUGAACCUCGUCAGCCAACUCAGCCGAGGGCGCUGGGUUCCAAAGUCCUCCCUGCGGAGGAAGUCGAGUACUACUUUGAUCAAUACUUCAAGCACUUUCACCCCUACUUUCCCAUCGUGCGCAUUCGUAAACCCAACAGGGUUUACGCUGCCUGUCCUAUCCUCUUCUGGACCAUCAUAACCGUCGCCUGUCGCGCCUACGCCUGCGAUGCAGAGCUCUUCUCCUUUCUGGCCCAGAACCUCCCGCGAGAGGUCUGGGCCGUCGCCAUGACGCCGCCCCUCGACCUGCCCGCCAUCAACGCCCUGCUCGUCCUGUCGGCAUGGCGGUUUCCCUCGGCCAAAAACUCUGGUGACCCGUCGUCUUCGACGGCAACUGACGAAGAAGCUUGUUAUACGUGGACGGGUUACAAUAUUAUGGCGCAAAGCCUCUCAAGGAUCGCCUCGAUCAACGGAUACCCGCCGCCGGCAGGCUACUUCAACGAAGCGGCGAGCAGGGUCUCGGGCGGCCAGGUGGUCGAGGCGGCGGUGCGGCUCGACGGCGGGGACGGCGACGGCGACGGCGGGCGGACGGGGCCGCGGUUCCUCGUGCACGCGCCGUACAACGUUCAUCGUACCGUGUUUGACGCCGUCGCUGUGGUCUUUGACGCGCUCAUGUCGGGGUUCGCCGACGGGGUCGAGGAUCCGGAUGCCGAGGUGCGCGCUGUGCUGGCGGUUGUGAGGCGGUGCAUCGUGCGGGAGGAGGACCUCGCGAGCUGGGUCUUGAGGCUGCUGGAGACGUGCUGGGGGGUGCGGCAUCGGCUGGGCGCGCUGGAGGCGCCGGUGACGGAGUGUCCGAGGCGGGUCGGGGCGCUGGGGGCGUUUGGGUGUGUCAAACGGUGGAGGAGGCGGCUGGAUGCUUUGAGGACGGAGCGGGAUGCGCAGAUCGGCCAGGGGGGUGAUGAUGCUCCUGCUGUCACCGCCGAGGAUGUUGCGGUUGGGGAUUUGAUGCAGGAUGUGGACUGGGCCAUGUUGAUGGAUGUGAUGGAUGAUUUUGACUGGGAAGGGAGCGCUAAGGCGGGCGGCGAGCCGAGCCUUUCGAUGCCAGGAUAA